ACGUUUUAUUGAUGAACCAUAGAAAGAAUUCUAUCUGAAUGCAUCACAUCGCCCCUCCCAACAGGCAGAAGAUGAAAAAAAGCCUGAAAGCACAUUCCACCGAGCAGAAGAACAGCUUGUAUCCAGCUGUGUUCGGUGGAGGUAGACAGGAGAGAGCCGACCCUCCUGAAUCACGGAUGGAGAGCUAGCCAUAGGUGUGGAUGUCCUGAAGUCUGGGAUUAACAUGGCAUCUGCGGAUAGCGAAGUGAAAACACUGUUGAACUUUGUCAAUUUGGCUUCGAGCGAUAUCAAGGCGGCCUUGGACAAAUCAGCCCCUUGUCGGCGGUCGGUCGACCACAGAAAAUACUUACAGAAACAGCUGAAGCGUUUUUCACAGAAAUACUCGCGGAUUCCACGUUGUCACACCAACCGGCUUCUUGAAACCAGUCCGAAGGACGGGGCAGACGACAAGAGUCGGGCCUAUAUUCUACAGCACGCUGACGCUCACCUACACUUCCAACCUGCCGCCGACCAGGACUGCAGCGAAACCUUGCCGGGAACUAUCACGGCGGCUGGGAAACAGCUAGGCAGACAAAACCAAGUGCCCAUGAGGAAGCGGCAGCUCCCCGCGUCGUUCUGGGAGGAACCGAGACCGUCCAAAAACACCCAGCCAUUGAAACUGCUUCAUGUGGAACAAGCGGUGGCCGCCGCUGAAGACCCGCCGGGCCAGGGAUCUGAAAGCAAGCGAAUCCAGGAACGCACCAACCCACCCAAACAAUCCCCGACAUUCCCAGCAAUACAGCUGGACCGCGAGAGAGAGCCGGUGAAAUUCCACUUCAGUUCCCUAUCGCGCACAGUGAAUGUCUGCGGUUGCUGUCCAUUUCAGUACCAUGGUCACCGGGUAUAUCAGGGCCAAGUGGGCUUUCCUCCUCCUGGCUUCCCCGGCAUUGCCGUGUGGAGGAAAGGGAGGAACCCGUCAGCCGAGAUCCCGGUUUACUCCAAAGACUCUUUAAGCGGACAAAAAAUUCACAAACCUGUCGUUCUGAAGCCCAUUCCCACGAAGCCAACUAUCCCACCUCCCCUGUACAACGUCUAUGGUUUCCUUUGAUUGCUUGGAGUUGGGUGAACUUUCAGAAUUCCAGCAGGGACACUUUGUGAUGCUGGCAGUGCACGAAAGUUCACAACUGGUGCCCAUUUCAUGUAAUCGUUAAGCAAGUAGAAUUCUUGGGGGUGGGGGAUAUUGGGAGUGUGGGUGAUCGUGUGUUUAUAUAUAAAUGCGUGUCUUUCUGUAUAUUUUUGUGUGUGCACGCGUGUGUAUGACUGUGAGUUUGUUCUUGCUGGUGUGCGUGAGAACGAGCUUUCGUUUAGAUCUACACGUUAGAUCUACUUCUUCAAGAUCGAAGAUUGUUUAAUGUAAUUUCCAGUGCACAAGUGUAAAGGUAAACGAAAUCAUAGUUACUCCGGAUCCGAUCCAGUACAAAAAAAUUCAGUAAGAUAAUAAUAAUAAUAAUAAUAAUAAACACAAUAAAUAU